UGUAGCAGAGUAGUAGUUAUUAAUCCUUCGAGAUCUUUCUCAAGGUUUCUCUUCCAAUAAAACAGAAGGCAAAACGAAGGCAGGUGAACCGUCAGAUUGAAAUACCAAGAGGCCAUCGAACGGAGCCCUAUCACCCACCAAUGUCUUCCACAGUAAUUACCCCAUUCGCCACCUGACAGCUAACACUUCCCCUUCCACAGUUCCACUUCUCACUUCCCUCCCCUUAUCUUCCUCUCUUCAAUCUUCAUUUUUCUCUCCAAAAUGGCCACUGUCUUUAGAACCCCCAUUCUCCGGCCAGGUAUCCUGCCGCCGCGCUCCUCCUCCUCUUCCGCCGCCGCCACCAAGCCCUCAUGCGUCGCCUUUCCCUCUUUCAGACAAACUGCUACCCGCAGAAGGACCACUUUGCGGUUCCCUUCAAUUCCUUCCCUGCGCUUCACGAAGUUCGCCCCUUUCGCUUUCGAAGGAGACACCGAGGCCUCGCCUCAAGUUCAAGAACCUGAGCUUCAGCUUGAGGAUGGUGCUGUUGAUGUAGAGGACAGUGCUGGCCAUAAUGAGGUUAGUGAGGCUGAUGAAAGUGAGGAAUCUUCACCCUUGCAAGAGUUACUGCAGUCUUACAAAGAAGCGGUAGCUAAUAAUAAUGAAGCCAUAGUUGCCGAGCUGGAAUCAUAUUUGAAGUCCAUUGAAGAUGAGAAAAUAGGUCUUGAAAGGAAAAUAGCUUCGUUAUCUGCAGAGUUAUCAAUAGAGAAGGAUAGGAUUCUAAGGAUUAGUGCAGACUUUGACAAUUUCCGGAAGAGAACCGAGAGAGAUCGCCUUUCUCUGGUCACUAAUGCACAGGGGGAAGUUAUGGAGAGCUUGUUGCCUGUCUUGGAUAAUUUUGAGAGAGCAAAAACUCAGAUCAAGGUGGAGACAGAAGGAGAGGAGAAAAUAAACAACAGCUAUCAGAGCAUAUAUAAACAGUUCAUGGAAAUUCUUACUGCACUUGGGGUUGAACCAGUUAAGACAGUUGGAAAACCCUUUGAUCCAUUGCUACAUGAAGCAAUUAUGCGCGAGGAUUCAACUGAGUUUGAGGAUGGCAUCAUAAUCCAAGAAUUCAGGAAAGGUUUUAAACUUGGUGACCGACUUUUGCGACCAUCAAUGGUGAAGGUAUCAGCUGGUCCAGGACCUGCAAAGCCUGAGCAAGCACAGCAAGAGGAGCAAGUCGCAAGUGAAAAUUCUGAGGCUCUUAAAGAAAACAAUGGUAGCACAGAAACAGAGUCUUCUUGAAAGGUCAAAAGUCACCUUUUUGCCUGGAUUCAGUUUUGUACAAGUAUAUUGGUUAAAUCUAGAGGAACUGGAUGUUACUCAAAGAAAUGUUUCAGCCAAUUUUUUCUUUCACAGAAAGUAUUAUCUGUGAGGUUUUGAAUUCUGAUUUCAGAUUUCAGAUUUUUCAGCUUUCAUGGCCUUGGUAGAGAGAUGACUAAUUUUUUACGGAGUUACUGUUCUUCUGCAAGGACCCUGAGUGUCACAAAUUUGCAACUGAUGAAGUGCUUCGUACCAUUUGUUAAGAGUUUAAUAGCAUGAACUUUCAAAUCAUUCGAUUAAAGGUCAUUAUGAUUUUUUGACAA